AUGGCCAUCUCUACUGAGGUUGUGGCAGACGAUAUUCAAUCGAGUCAAUUGUUACCCCAAGUUGAGAAUUCGUUGAAGCUUUCAACAGAUUAUGCCAACUCCUUGGUCCGUUCCGAUGGUCACUGGUGUGGUGAACUCAGAUCCAACGUCACGAUCACUUCAGAAUACAUUUUUCUGAGAUAUGCUUUAGGGCUCGAUAUACAAACUGAUAAAGCGGCCUACUGUCGACACAUUCUUUCUGAGCAGAAUGAAGAUGGCUCAUGGGGACUGGCACCCCAAAUUCCAGGCGAUGUAUCUGCCACGGUUGAGGCAUAUCUGGCUCUCAAGAUUCUUGGUUUCGCUCCUAUUCAUGCAGUCAUGCAGCGAGCUCGGAAAUUUGUAAUCCAAUCUGGAGGUGUUGCAAAGGUUCGCAUGUUCACGAGAAUCUUCUUGGCGACUUUUGGUUUGUUUCCUUGGAUUGCAGUGCCAACGCUACCCGUAGAGCUGAUUCUUGUCCCAUCGGUUUCUCCGAUCAACAUAUAUACUUUUGCUUCGUGGGCUCGGGGUACCAUUGCGCCUCUGUUGAUUAUCUGUCAUCACCAACCUAUCUACUCUCUGCCGAACGGUCAGUCUGCCAACAACGACUAUCUGGAUGAACUGUGGAUCGAUGCUCAGAACAAAGAUGUGCCUUAUGGCCUGCCUCUGUCGACGUUGUUGCUCAACGGCGAUUUGCCUGGUCUCGCAUUCUCGUGUGUGGACAAACUACUUUACCAAUUAAACGGGCUCCGAUCCAUUCCCUUCCUUCGCACCUAUGCCCGACGCAAAUGUCUCGAGUGGAUCCUUGAUCGGCAGGAAUCAACCGGCGAUUGGGCUGGAAUAUUCCCCCCCCAUGCAUGGAAGCGCUACAAAAUUGAUGAUACCCCAGUCAAGCUGGGGAUCCAGGCCAUCGAGAAUUUUUGUUGGGAAGACGAACACGGCAAACGCGUCCAGGCCUGUGUCUCACCUGUAUGGGACACGGCCUUGAUGUCGAUUGGACUCUCCGACUCCAUGUCACCAGAUCGACAGGUCAUCGAUCGAGCAAUCUCAUGGAUCAGAAAUCGACAAUUGAUCGUCCCCUACGGAGAUUGGCGUGUAUACCGACCCGGCCUCCUACCAGGUGGAUAUAGCUUCGAAUACAAGAACACCUGGUACCCCGACGUGGACGACACUGCUGCGAUAAUCCUUGCCCAGGUAAAACAUGAUGCAGGAUCUGUCGGAUCAAACUCUGUCAUAGCAGCAGCUACAUGGAUCGCAGGAAUGCAGAAUUCUGAUGGAGGCUGGGCUGCUUUUGAUGUGGAGAACAACAAGCUGUUCCUCAACAAAAUCCCCUUUAGUGACAUGGAUAGUCUAUGUGAUACAUCCUGUGCAGAUAUCACCGGGCGCAUACUGGAAGCCUUCGGGCUGAUGAUGGAGUGUAUGACGGAGAAGACCCACGCAAGCCUUUUCUUCCCAACACUCCAAGCCGCUUCUACGCGUGGAAUACAAUACCUUGCGUCUAUACAAGAACCCAAUGGAUCUUGGUUUGGUCGAUGGGGCUGCAAUUACGUCUACGGCACGAGUCAUGCUCUAUGUGGACUUGCAUAUUACCCUCAUAACUCGCAAGUUUCUGCUAUGGUGCAGCGAGGUUUGCGUUGGCUGAAGGCCAAGCAGCAGGCUGAUGGGGGCUGGGGUGAAUCGCUUCUAUCAUACCGAUCGGCGGGUCAGGAUCAGCAAAGUUCGACUGCUUCGCAAACCGGGUGGGCUUUGAUGGGAUUGUUGGCGCAUCUCUCCCCGGAGGAUCCUGCCAUCAAGCAAGGAAUUCAAUACCUGGUAGUGACUCUUCAACCCGUGAAGGGCAUUGGGUCUUCGUGGCCCGAGGGCGUGUUUACUGGGACUGGAUUCCCAAACCACUUUUUCCUUGGAUAUGACUAUUACCGCCACUAUUUCCCGAUGAUGGCCCUUGGUCGUUAUCUACAAAAAGCACGAUGUCAGACUAUUUAA